AUGGUUGACGUGACCGAGCGGUCUCAAGCCGAUAAUAAGCACCGUAUUAAGAAGCUGACUGCUGAAAAGAUAGAGAAGUAUCAUAAUGAAAUUAUCAAGCACAAUGGGCAGCAAGUGGACCUCACGGGACGUGGUAUUGAGACCAUUGUGAGCUUAGAAGGGCUGCAGAAUGCCACGAAAUUGGAUUUGAGUUGCAAUAAGCUCACAAAGCUGUCACAGCUCAAGUCUGUGACGCGUGUAACGAUGUUAAAGCUUACAAACAACAAACUGACUGGUGAUGGCUUGGCGGAGAUCCAGCAUCUCAAGAAGCUUGUGAUUUUAAAUGUUGCCGAGAACAACGUAACGCGCAUCCCGUUUGAGGUUUUACGUAACAUGCGUACACUCAAGGCACUGGUGCUCAACAAAAACUCGAUAUCUUCGCUAGAUUGGAUGCCAAAGCUACCGGAGCUGAAUUCGCUUAUUGUGAGUAACAAUCGCAUCACGCAGAUACCAAAACGAGUGCUCGACGGAUUUCCAAAGCUGACAAAGAUCUCCAUCUCUCACAACUUGCUGGAGGAAAUCCCACACUUUAGUCAAUUGUCAGAAAUCACGGAGCUCCGACUUUCACACAACCGUAUUUCAAAAAUUCCAACACAUUUGGCACAGUUGAAGAAUCUGAAGGUGCUCGAGCUAAGCCACAACCAAAUUGAUGAGUGGUCGGGCUUGGAAGCAUUGAGCUGUCUUGAAAACUUGCGUCAGCUGAAUUUGAUCGGCAAUCCAGUCGUGGGAAAGAAGCUGAAUGUCACAACUAAGGAUGUACAGGAAAGUGGCGACCGUAGCAACGAGGAUAUUGACAAUGAGGAUGGAGGUAAUGGAAGUAGCAACGAUAGUGAAAGCGAUGUCGAUAGCAGCAGCAAGAAGAAGAAGAAGGGAAACAAGUCCAAGACCAAGACAGCUAGGCUUUCCGACGAAGAAAAGAAAAAGAUUAAGGAAGACAAGCGUCUCGACGCCAAGCACAAGCAGUAUAACUUCAAGAUGAAGAGGCUGUUUCCAAACCUGGUCGUCCGCGAUGCUACGCGUGUGCUGGAUAAACGUGUGCACGGGUACAUUGCACCGUCAAAUGAGGAGAAGAAGAAACGAAAACUCAAGAAGCCAGAGUCUUUCGAUAAAAAGAUGAAAGAAACAUCUACAGGAAAGCGAAAACGCGAUAAUGAUCCCAUAGAGUCAAAGGAUGAAAUCGAGAUUUUUCGUCCAACAGAUCGCAUCGUUACCAAGAAUGAUGCCGAGAAGCCAAGCAAGAAGGACAAGAAGGCUGACAAGAAACACGCGAGCGGCAAGCUGGUUGGCAAUGAGCCAUCCAAGGAGGUCAUUGCAGCACUUGAACCUAGUCUACCAUCAAAUGACUACGAAGAGCAUGUGAAAGCCAAUGAUUCUGCACCGAUGGAUAUUGUUGCGCCUAGUGGAUCAGUCUCAAUGUGUGAUGCGAGGACAAAGAAGAAGAAGGAGAAGGUCAGUGAAAAGAAGCAGCAGGAGAAGCAAGACAAGAUAAAAGAUCAACGACAGUUCAAGGCAAUUGCCAGUGGUGUGAUGGCUGUCAAGAAGUUUAAAAACGCCAAGAAAAGUAAAAGUACGCAGGAAAAGCCCAUGGAUCUAAUGCAGAUCAACUUUACGCCAAACGUUGGCUAUGGUGGCUCGUCUACAUGGGACUAA